UUAUCGUAGGUAUUUAAUUGCGAAUAGAUUGAAUAAAUGCCGUGAAUUUCGUUUAUUCUCUUAGAGCGUGGAUUAAACGUUGUUAACUCGUGAGUUACCAACAGCGACAGCGCAUGCAGAAUUGCAUUUACAAUUAAGCUUCUAACACACUAAUAUUUCUGCGCAUUCAGAAUUCUCCGUUCGGACCAAAAUGUAAAGGAGUGCUUAUUAAAACUGCUAUCAUUUGAAGCCCUGAUGACAGAAACAUGGGUUUGGAAAAUAAGAAUGGAAGGCUGUUGUGGAUGCUCUUCCUAACUUUUGGAUUCUUUAUCGUUGAAGUUGUGGUGAGCCGAAUGACAGCAUCUCUAACGAUGCUGUCUGAUUCUUUUCACAUGCUUUCUGAUGUAAUUUCUCUAGUCGUGGCUCUGGUUGCUGUGCACUUUGCGGAGAAAACACAAGGCACUAGCAAAAAUACAUUUGGAUGGAUCCGCGCAGAAGUCAUGGGCGCUUUAGUCAAUGCUGUAUUUUUAAUUACCCUCUGUUUCACCAUUUUACUGGAGGCUAUCGGACGUUACACAAAACCUCAUGAGAUUGAGAAUCCACAAAUUGUCAUCUGGGUCGGCCUGAUAGGUCUCCUUGUGAAUUUAUUCGGUCUUUUCUUGUUCCACGGCCAUGCUGGAGCCAGUGAGCAUGGACACUGUCAUGGUACAAAUCCAAGAAACUAUGAAAAAUCUGAUAAAUUGUCAAAGAAAGAGACUCAAGAGGAGACUAGCAGUUUAAUGGAAAACAACUCUGGUCAUCGAGGUAAUCAUACCCAUCAAACAGAAUCAGUUAUCUUAAGACAUCGUCUGGAUGAUCAAAUGAAUGAUGACACAUCACUGGAACUGGAGCUCAGGUCUGAGUCAUCCUCGCAGCUGAACAUGCGUGGAGUAUUCUUACAUGUGUUGGGUGAUGCCCUUGGUUCCAUCAUUGUGGUGGUCAAUGCUCUCAUCUUCACGUUUGUGUGGAAGCCAUGCGAUGGUAAGGAGAUAUGUAUGAAUCCCUGCCAUGGCUCUGACCACCGGCUGAUACGCUUAGACAUGGUUGGCAUGGCCAGCAAUGGCAUCGGGGCUGCUUCUGUAGCUGCGCCCUGCUGGGUACUCUACCUGGAUCCCACCCUCUGCAUCAUGAUGGUGGUCAUCUUGUUCUACACCACCUUCCCGCUCUUAAAAGAGUCGGCGCUCAUCCUCCUGCAGACCGUGCCCAAGCAGAUCAACAUGCAACAGCUGGACGGGAAGCUGAGGAGUCUCGAAGGGGUCCUAGCCAUCCACGAACUGCACAUCUGGCAGCUGGCUGGGAGCCGCAUCAUAGCCACGGCGCACGUCCAGUGCCAUGACCCGGCCUCCUACAUGGAUGUAGCCAAGCGCAUCAAAAACUUCUUCCACGACGAGGGCAUCCACGCCACCACGGUACAGCCGGAGUUCUCCUCUGACACCACAGGACCCUGUGUCUUUGGGUGUGAUCUGCCCUGCUACAGUCAGUGUGCUGCCAAGCUCUGCUGUGACGCGAGCUGGAAAUCUGAAUCGGAAGCGCUCGUGUGCACAGCGGACUCCUCCGGAAAGACCACCCCACAAAGGCACACUGCAGACUGGGACAUCAGCCAGGAGCUUGUUCUGCAGACAGAGAUGGAAUCCACAGUUUAAACUCAACAGGAAAAUGAGUAGUAAGCUUGACCUGAGCUAGCCAAGUGUUUCAAACAGUAAAGUAAUGGCUAAAAUGGAGUCAGAUCCACUUGUGGUCUAAUUAUAUUUCUAAGAAUGGUUACCUCAUUAGUUUUUCUAAGCAAAGUACAGUACAUAAAUGUAACCAGCAUAACUAAACAUGAUGAUACCUCCUAUCUGAGACUGCUAACAAUUCUAGAGCAAUUAUAUAUUUGUACACAUCCAGUAUUCAUUAAUUUGUUGGAUGGACAUAUAUUAAUGGUGUAGUCCAGUAAUUAAAAUUCAAGAUUUUAAAACACUUUAGUCAUAAUAUAAUAAUUUCAUUCUCAUCUUCACAAGUACUAUAUAUCUGUCUAAUAUAGUAUAUUUCUAUGUUAAGAAAAAAAAUUGUGUUUGUUGAGUUAAUGAAAUCAUAUUGUGUAUUAUUAUUUAACAUUUUUUUUCCAUAUUAUAUCUUAAUAAAUUAGUAUGUCGUUAUAAUAAUGUGGAAAAUGUAAUUAUAAUUGUUGCAUCAUAACUUACUUUUAAAUGAUUAUUUUGCAUGUUUUAAAGAAGGUCGUCAUUUACACGGAAUCAUCCUGUGACAUUUGAUAAGCACAGAACAGGACACAAGUGUCACAAAAGGGAACAGGAAUGAAUGAAAAUAGUCCAAAAACAUAUCAAAGAGAAUAAAGAACGAAGCAGAGCACUGAUGAAUAAAAUCCAUCAUUCAUGAACACGGCUUGGGAGCUGACUCACUAGCUUGACUAUAAAGCACUGGAGACGGGCACCUGCGGGAGUUAAGCAUGUUAGGCUAAAUGAGAGACAGGUGAAGGGCGGUACUAAAAAUCGGGUGACUGAGAUCGGAUAAGUGUAUGUGGGUUGUUAAUGGUGGCUCAUUGGCUGACGGGGGACCGACGACACAUCUGCUGUCAAACGGAAGACUUUCAACUGGUUAGGUAAUACCUGAUAUUUUAUUAGCAUUGAUCAAAAACAAAAUAUAUGUGAUCUGUCAAUACUGUGGCCCAUUUGUGUUGUCAGCGGUUGUUUUAAUUACUACCACAUAUAAAUGUUGUAUGUGCUCAGUAGGGAGUGUCUUACUGGCAUGACAUCUUAUCCCCAGCACAGCUAUCUAAGCUGCACCUCAGAUGACCCUCAAUACAAUCUACUUACUUAUGUAUCUUUCGUGCACAAGUUUAUAAACUGAUUAUUAGAAUAGCUUAAAUGCCUCCUAUAAAUAUUCACUCUCUUUUAGGGGUUGGGAUGGUGUAUUCUAGUUCAUUGGUAUGUUUACUUCUAACCUAAUAUAUUGUACUUGGAUAUAUUCUAUGAGUAAAUGAC